GAGUCGUUAUUGUGGUGGGAACAUGAAAUAAAGUGUAAGAAAAGGCCAUAGGCUGGUUUGCUGGUGCUUGGGGUUGGGGAAGGGAGGGUAAUGGUGUGUAGGACCGUAGGAGCCCUCCUGGCCCAGCCCCUCCUCCUCAAGAUGAAAACCAGCACAGAUUUGUGCCCAGUGGAUUUGGGGGAUUUUUGACCGCACCUGCGGCGUGUGGAAGUUCCCGGGCCAGGGAUCGAACCCACGCCACAGCAAUGCCAGAUCCUUAACACACUCUGCCAUAAGGGAACAUCCUGGGUGGUGUUUUUAGUGGUAGAGCAGAGUUCCUAGGGCUGGGUGUGGGGAUGUGUCAAGGUCACAAGGAAAAGACAGAAAAAUCAAGUUUCACAGACUAGAAAACUGUUCUUUUGGGACCAGGCGUGGUGGUGUUUAUACUCCAGUGGAUGUAAUCAGCAACACUUCUGAGGUCUUACAGGGAAAGCAGUUCCGAGAUAAACAGAACUGUAAGGGGUGGGGAGAGGGACAAGGUCCAGGAGCUGCUUUUUGGUGUCUGUCUGCCCUCUGCUGGGGAAGCUGAGACAGUGCUCAUCUCAGAAGGAUGUGGUCACUGGUUUCCUGGCCGGCUUCUCCCAGCAUAAUAGGGGAGGGUAGCAGGUAGUGCCAGAGGCAGCAACUAAUCCAUGGGCCUUUGAGGGGUGUGCGGGACAAAGGUAGGCUGCUGGAUUGGGGCCCAAGUAUUGCCCCUGUCUAGGCUACUGCUCCCACAUGCAGGAACCAGACCUGGUGGGUGAGAACAUGUUGUCCCUCCUGACUAGUUAAUAGCUUCCUUCCUCAGACAGGAAUAUAGCUCUACCUACAGCAGCUCCUGCCCAGACUUUGCCUGUCAAAACCACCUGCAGCUCAGGCUAAGGAGCAUGGUCCCAGGAAGGUGGAGUUUCAGGGUGCCCCUCAGGGAUCACCCCUCUCCCCCGAAUUCCAUGGUGAAGGCUCACGUGCUCGUAGGUAUGCUGUUUGUGGUGGGCUUUGCAGAGGGAAAGGCUCCUGUUCCUGAAGUCCGGACCUGCCACCUCUGCCUCUUAGAAGACCCUUUGGUAGGAUGCAUCUCAGGCUCAGAGAAGUGCACUGUCAGCAGCUCGUCCCCCUGCAUGGUGAUCACCAUCUAUUAUGAUGUCAGGGUUCGCUUCUUCAUCCGAGGCUGUGGACAGUACAAUUCUUACCGCUGCCAAGAAAAACGCAGCACCUACAUCCCAGAGUACUGGUACCAGGCUGAAUGCUGCCAGUACGAUUACUGCAACGCCUGGGCCAGCCCGCAGCUCCAGAGCGCCCUGCCUGGGUUCUCUGAUGGGUCCCUGGCCCUGCCCCUCUCUGCGUCCCAGAUCCAGUGGUUCUACCAAGCCCUGAACCUCUCACUGCCCCUCCCCAGCUUCCAUGCUGGGAGGGCACCCAAAGGCCCAGCCCCCCAGGCUGCCCUGCCCCUGAACCUGAGCUUGCCCAUUGCUGAGCUGCGUCACAUAUACUUGUUCCUCAAUCGUUCAGGACUUCUGGUUCUUCCCCAGGUUGGGCCCUAACAUCUCAUCCUUCCCGGAUCCCACUCUGGUCCAGCGACUCCCCUAAGACCCCAGCAUCCUGCACUGCCCUCUCAGAACUCCCCCACUCUGUUCUGAGUCUUCAGGCCUCCUUUCUUUGUACCUCCGUGGUCUGUAUGGUUUUGGUUUAGUUUUCCUCCCCAGAAAGCAGUUGGCACCACACCUAGUGCCCUUUGUCCACCUAGAAAAUAAUCUCACAUGUGAAUUCUUCCUAGGCGGACUCUGGAAACAUGCAGUGGCUUCCUUACCCCUUCCCCGCCAUCUGAGUAUUCCAUUAUCCCCCCUCAUCUUCUGAUCCCCUCUCAGUCUGGCCACUUUCUUUCCUCCACCUGCCUCCUGUCUCCAAAACCUUGUGCCGGACUGAACUUGCACCAAGGAGGGUGAGAGGUGGACUCUGCAGACUCCCGAUGGGGCACUCUGGUGUUCCUACCUGCCUGUCUCCACCUCCUUCGUGCCCACCUGGUCUCCUGCUGCCUCCUCUCAUCUCCAUCUCUGCCUUCCUCAGCUCCAGUUCAUGUCCCUGAGGCCUGACACCCACUUCCAUAGGUUCCCAGGGAGAGGAGAGGGGCUGUCCUGUGCUCCACACCCCUCAGUUUCCCUUCACAAUAAACGAACUGGGCUAA